AUGACAGGUCCCAUCCCAAGCACAAACCCCGUGCUUCCAGGCGAAGACUUCAAGGAAUGGCAUCACGCUCUUGGUGGAGAACUCACAAGUGUACCGGAUGACUCUUGGAAGACUGUUCUCGAAGAAAAGCACCCCGACAUGCUACAUCUAUUGCAGUUCCCAUAUAAUGGAGAGCCACCUAAACGACUCGUUACAGCAAAAGCAGUAACUUCAAACCCACUACAUUUUGUAAGAAACCACGGGGGUAUUCCGAUCAUCGAGGAAGAUAAAUGGUUUCUCAGCUUAGAUGGGCUUGUUGCUAACCCAAGGAAAUACACGAGUCGGGAUAUUAAAGAUAGGUCAAAGUUUCCACAGAUGGAAAAGUCCGUUACCAUACAGUGUUCUGGUACACGCCGCAUUGAACAGAUCAGCUUAUACGGAGGCCAGCAAGACGAAAUCCCUCAAGCUCCGUGGGCCGAGGGUGCUAUCAGCACAGCUAGGUAUCGAGGAGUCAGCCUGAAAAAGAUCAUUAAAGACUGCGGAGGCCUUGUAAAUGGGGCUAAGCACCUUGAGCUAUACGGUGCGGAGACUUACAUCAAGGAUCUGGAGGCCAUGAAUUACGUCGUCAGCAUACCCUGGACAAAAGUAAAAGCUAAUGAAGUUAUGCUUGUCUGGGAAAUGAAUGGUCAACCGCUUCCUAAGAUCCACGGCUUUCCUUUGAGGGUUAUUGUUCUUGGGUAUAUCGGAGCACGAAGCGUGAAAUGGGUAUAUCGCAUUAAAGCAAUCGAACAACCUUCCCAUGGCCCUAUACAAAAGAAGGAAUAUCUCCAUUUCAGCCAGCAGGUUGGAAAACACAAUCUGAAGCCUACGUACGGACUCCAGAUCCAAGAAAUGCCAGUUAGCUCAGCGAUAAUGUCGCCGUGGUCCAAACACGUUAUUAUCCACAACGGGAGAAUCCAUUGUAAAGGCUGGGCAUACUCUGGUGGAGGUAGAUGGCCGGAAAGGGUUGAAUUAUCGUCUGAUAGCGGGUUUUCUUGGUACGAGGUGCCGCCUGAAAACUUGUCUAAGAAGGGUAGGUGGACCUGGCGUACCUGGGAGAUGGACCAUCCUUGUGAUGUUGAGGGCUGGGUCGAAAUUGUCUGUCGGUGCUGGGACAAUGCUCUAAAUACACAGCCACUUACAGUACGCUCUGCUUGGAACUGGGGUCUGCAUGUCACACACUCUGCACAUAGAAUUAGUGUUUACAGUAUCAACAAGAGCAGAGCAGAGACACAGAGACGUCUCAACUUUUUAGAGGAACGUGGAAUCCCCCUGGCCCCCAUAACGCGCUAUGAGAUUGUGCAGACCCAGACUGAAUCGGAAUAUGAUCAAUAUUGGAGGGAACAUGAACCGCGAGACCCUAGUGAUUAA